AUGGAGCUGAAUACAACAGAGAAACGCCAUCGGACGCGUUCCAAAGGAGUCCGAGUUCCUGUGGAGACGGCGGCUCAGGAGUUGUUCAGUUGUCCGACCCCAGGUUGUGAUGGUAGCGGCCACGUCAGUGGGAAGUACGCCCGACAUCGCAGUAUUUAUGGAUGUCCUCUUGCGAAGAAGAGGAAGGCUCAGGAGAAGACGCCUCUGGAGCCGGCGCCUAAGAGGAGACCCUUCCUCACCUCCCCAGAGGAGGAAGAAGACGAGUCGGGUAUCUACCCCAACUAUGAAGCUGAGAGCAUGGGGGUGCAGGAGGAGGGGGAGCAGGGGGAGGUUGUGGGGAUUGUAGAUGAGGAUGAAGAUGAAGAAGAUGAAGAAGAUGAGGAGAGAGAGGCAGAAGAGGAUGGAGAGGUGGAGGAUGAGGAGGGCUUCUCAGAGGAGCAGGGAGAGGAGGAGGAGGAAGAUGAGGAUGAGGAUGGGGACAUGGAAAGAGAGGGAGCAGCAGUGAGGGAGCAGGUGGAGGAAGAAGAGGAUGGCGAUGAUGAGGAGGAGGAAGAUGAAGAAGAGGAUGAGGACCAGGAGGAACACAAUACUCAGCAAGCAGACAACCGGUACAAAAACGGAGGACAAUCACAGCUUACUGCCAUUCAGAAAGAUGACAACAACAACAGUUGCGGCGUGGGGGUCCCCAGCAUAAAUGGAGAAGAGUACGAGAACUAUGAUGAGCUGGUCGCCAAAUCACUGCUGAACCUUGGCAAGAUCGCCGAGGACGCAGCGUACCAGGCCAUGACCGAGUCGGAGAUGAAUAGCAACUCGUCAAACAGUGCUGAUGAGGAUGAGGAAGAAUUCGAAGGCAGCGGGUUGGGGCACCGGAAGGCAGAGCUGAGUGUGGACCUGGACAGCGACGUAGUCAGGGAAACGGUGGACUCUCUGAAACUACUGGCGCAAGGCCAUGGCACCAUGAUGCCUAAUGAUGGCUUCCCAGAAGGCACUGUAGUGGAUGACUGUCACACCAACGGUAACCCUGGCAUAGGAGUGAGAGGUGACGCGGAGGAGAGUGAGGAAGAGGUGUGUCUGAGCAGUCUGGAGUGUCUCAGGAACCAGUGCUUUGAUCUGGCCCGCAAGCUGAGCGAGACCCCUACCGACCAGCAGCUCCACAUCCAAAACCAGACCUCCGAGCGACCUGGUCAGCCAGAACAGGAUGUUGAGCACCGGCCCACGGAACGAGGCUACUCCGACAUGGUGAACCUCAUGAAGCUGGAGGAGCAGCUGAGUCCUGCCUCCCGCGGCUACCCGGGUAGCUGCAACCAGGACGGCGAUGAAGACACCACGUCCGUGACCUCUGACCGUUCCGACGAGGCUUUUGACAUGACCAAGGGCAACCUGUCCCUCCUGGAGAAGGCCAUUGCUCUGGAAUCGGAAAGGGCAAAGGUCAUGAGGGACAGGAUGGCCUCGGAGCACACAGCGGUCCGAAGGGACCUCCAUCACCGCAGCCACGGAGAACACAGCCCCCGGCAGAGCAGCGCUGUCGAGGAACGGCGCUCCAAAAUGCAUCCUGACGGGUCAAAGAGGGUGUACUACCAUAAAGACUCCUCCAGGGGGGAGAAGAAAGAGAGCAAAUGUCCGACUCCCGGUUGUGACGGUACGGGUCAUGUGACCGGUCUCUACCCGCAUCACAGGAGUCUGUCCGGAUGUCCCCACAAAGACCGAGUGCCGCCUGAGAUUCUUGCCAUGUAUGAAAAUGUUCUUAAGUGUCCUACUCCUGGCUGCUCUGGACGGGGUCACGUCAAUAGCAACAGGAACUCGCACCGCAGUCUAUCUGGUUGUCCCAUUGCUGCCGCUGAGAAAAUGGCCAAAGUCCACGAGAAGAGCCACUCGAGUGACGGCAGCACCAAAUCCAAUCAGGCUUCAGAUCGGGUUCUGAGGCCGAUGUGUUUUGUCAAGCAACUGGAGAUUCCUCAGUACGGCUACAAGAACCAUGUCCCCACCAGCACGCCACGCUCAAACCUGGCCAAGGAACUGGAGAAGUACUCCAAGACCAGUUAUGAGUACGGCGCCUACGACGGCCAGCACGUCACUUACGGCAAGAGAGGCCUCACCGCCAAGUCCCAUCACGGACGAGACACCUCCCCAAAGGGAUACGAAGCGAAGCGGUACUGUAAGACGUCCAGCCCGGCGAGCAGCACCAGCAGCAGCUAUGCCCCGAGCAGCAGCAGCGGUCUGAGCUGGGGAGGUGACAGCAGUGCCAGCAGCACCUGCAGUAAGAGCAGCUUUGACUACACCCACGACAUGGAGGCUGCCCACAUGGCCGCCACCGCCAUCCUCAACCUGUCCACACGCUGCAGGGAGCUGCCGCACACACUGGGCGGCCGAACCCACGACCUGCUGUCCCAGAGGAAUCCAGAUGGAGAGGUGGAGGACAACAGUCUGGAUGUGGGGGGUCAGCCAGGUGGUCCAGAGGGCAGCGAGACAGUUCUGACUCCUCUGCAGCCGAUGUCUCCUCAGCGCCAGGCGCUGCUCAGCAGCCGCUGUUACCAGCUGGAGCAGAGUGACUGGGACCUGCCUGUCGACUACACCAAGAUCAAACGCCUGCAGGAUGACCCGCACAGACAGAGCGAUGAGCUGGACCCCUUCCAGGAGCUCCUGGAGGAGCAGCACUACCCUGUGGAGGUCACCAUGCCCAGCCCCAAACACAAGUUCUCCUCCUGCAAGGAGGCGAAGAAGGAGCUGCUCACAUUGUCCAGCUGCCAACUGGCUGACAAGAACAUGAGAGGAAUGAUGAGCGCCAACUCCCAGGAUCUCAAGUGUCCUACGCCCGGCUGUGAUGGGAGCGGACACAUCACCGGAAAUUACGCGUCCCACAGAAGCCUGUCAGGAUGUCCUCGGGCCAAAAAGAGCGGCAUCAAAAUCCUCCACAGCAAGGAGGACAAAGAUGACCAGGAGCCAAUCAGGUGUCCGGUCCCUGGCUGUGACGGACAGGGUCAUGUGACGGGGAAGUAUGCGUCUCACCGCAGCGCGUCAGGCUGCCCACUGGCAGCCAAGCGGCAGAAGGACGGCUACGUCAACGGCUCCCAGUUUGUCUGGAAGUCUGGGAAAACAGACGGGAUGACCUGCCCGACCCCGGGCUGUGAUGGAUCGGGACAUGUCAGCGGCAGCUUCCUGACACAUCGAAGUUUGUCCGGCUGUCCACGAGCCACUUCUGCCAUGAAGAAGGCCAGGAUGAGUGGAGUGGAGAUGCUCACCAUCAAACAGAGAGCGAGCAAAGGAAUAGAAAACGAUGAAGAAAUCAAACAGCUGGACGAAGAAAUCAAAGAUCUUAACGAGUCCAACAGCCAAGUGGAGUCAGACAUGAUCAAACUGAGGACCCAGAUCACCACCAUGGAGACCAGCCUGAAGUCCAUCGAGGAGGAGAACAAAGUGAUCGAACAGCAGAACGAUUCGCUGCUGCACGAGCUAGCUAACCUGAGUCAGUCGCUCAUCAACAGCCUGGCCAACAUCCAGCUGCCACACAUGAGACCGCUGGCAGAGAGAGCGGGCGCAGUAAAACAUUACUGCUGCUCACAGAUUCCUUCCACAGAGCCAAUGAACGAACAGAACUUUGACACGUAUGUGAGUACUUUGACUGACAUGUACACCCAUCAGGACCAGUACCAGAGCCCGGAGAACAAGGCGCUCCUGGAGAACAUCAAGCAGGCCGUUCAGGGCAUCCAGGUGUAG